GAAACAAACUUUUGUUGCCAAUACAUUGAAUUUUAUUGAUAAAAUUAAGGAUACUCCAAAUUAUGGAAAGUGGCUGACAUUUGUUGAAAAACUAAAAGAAGAGUUUCCAGAUUUCCAUUUUAUUGGAGAAAAUUCUAUUGUUGCUAUUGAUGCUGUAGUUAAUGCUAUAAAAAACAAAAUUGCUAACUUUAAGCAAUCUUUAACUUAUGAAUCUUAUAUAUUGAUGCCUCUUGAACAUUUCCUCUUUCUUAAGAGUUCAAAGAACAAGAAAUCAAUGACUUUGGUGCGAAAAAUAAAAUUAAGAAUGUGUGUCUCAAAGAUUAUAAGUUACACCUGGAAGGAACACAAGAGCAAAUUAAAAAACUGGAAACAUUUAUAGAAAAUUUAAGAAAGGAUACCAGCUCACAAGAAGUGAAAUUAGAAAUGUUUAGAUUUCGAGAAUUUCUGCAGAGUGAAGAAGGAAACACUUUCUUGUGUGAAAUGCAGAAGAAAUCUGAGAGUAUAAUAUCUUUAAAUUCAGAUUUAGGAAGUGAAACAGACGGAAUACUAAAUUUUGUGUAUAAAAACUGUGAAAUAGUGUUGAAGGAAGAUGACAUCACGACUCUGGACACAGAUGCUAUUGUUAAUGCUGCAAAUGGUAAAUUGGAUCAUAAGGGAGGAAUUGCGGCAGCCAUUGUGCAGAAAGGUGGGUUUGAAAUUCAGGCGGAAUCUAACAAAAUUAUGAAUCAAAGAAGGAGUGAACUGAAAACUGGAGAAGUAGUGUCAACUAAAGCUGGUAAACUCAAAUGCAAGACUAUCAUUCAUGCUGUUGGACCCGUUUGGAAUAAUGGACGAACCAAUGAAAUUUUUCACCUUUCAAGAGCUGUUCAAAAUUGUUUGGCAUUCCUUGAAGAAAAGUCUUAUACAUCAAUUGCAAUUCCUGCCAUCAGUACAGGUAUUUUUGGUAUACCCAUAGAAGAAGGAACCAAAUGUACAGUAAAGACGAUAAAGAAUUAUCUUGAUACUCACACAAAUUCUAAAAUAAAACAUAUAUGUUUGAUUGAUGUACGGAAGGAAGUAAUCAGAGCUUUUAAGCUUCAUCUAGAAAUGGUGUUUGGAAUCAGUAAAAGCAGAGGAACCACAUCAUUCAACGCAUCCCUUCUUGGUCCACAACAGAAAGCAGCCCCUAUGACACCCAGAACUAAUGUGGCAUCCGGAGAAAAUGCUGGCAUCAAAAUACAACUAAUGAUUGGUUCAAUUUCUAAUGCAUCUGUUGAUGUCAUCGUUAACAGCACCAAUGAACACCUCCAGCUUGACAGUGGUUCUAUCUCCAAAUUUAUUCUCAAUGCUGCUGGUCCACAGAUACAAGCUGAAUGUAACCGGAAAUAUCCUCAAGGUAUUUCUACAUCUAAAAUAGCCAUCACUGAAGGAUAUAACCUCAACUGUGAGAAUGUAAUUCAUCUGGCAUUACCUCCCUGGGAUGAAAAUUCAUCUGAUUCAAUAUUGCGAAACUUGACUAGCAUGGUAGACACUUGUCUAGGAACUGCUUCAUGUCUUAGUGCAAAAAGCCUUGCAUUUCCUAUAUUAGGAGCUGGAGUAUUGAAAUAUCCCAUUGAAAAACUACCUGGAACUAUGUAUGAAGCAGUCAAAGAGUCACCUCGAAAAUACGAUAUCAAAGAUGUUUACUUUGUUGUUUUCCCUAAAGACACAGAAAUAGUAAAGAAAUUUAAAGAAUAUUUCCAACAAAUGUCAGCAGAUGGCUCAGCUGUAACAUCAGAUGAUGAAGAUGACGAAGAUGAAGAAAUAGAAGAUAAUGUCUCUACUGGUCAACACGAUGAUGGUGUCACCUUGAAAUUCUUUGCUAAAUACCAAAAUCUUGACAAUGCUAUAGAAACUGUUAAAAAAGAAUACCUUUCUCUGUUGACCACUGAGGAAAUACCAUUUGAUACAAAUUUAACAGAAUCUCGAGUAAGUUAUCCACAAUAUUACAGAGUUUUUAUUUAUUCGCUUGUUUAUUUAUUAUUGUCAUCAUUUUCUGAUUGAAUUGCAUUUUAUUUU